AUGUGGAAAUUUAUUUUAUUGACUGUAAUCGUAUCUACCGUUGGUCAACGUGUGAUAAACACAGCUCAGGGCAAGCUGAGAGGUAUACCGAUGGAUGGAUACGUGUCAUACAGUGGUAUUCCUUAUGCCACAAUCAAUAGUUCUGCAGGGAGGUUUCAAAAAGGAGGUGUUGCGCCGACCUGGAGAGGGGUUCGAGAAUCGCAACAACGUCACUGCACGUUAAGCUCCAGGCCGGAAGAAUGUUUGCACUUGGAUGUCCACGUGCCUGCAAAAACUAAUUCUCCGUGGCCAGUACUAGUUUGGGUGAAAGGCGGGAGUGGCCAGUAUCAUCCGGGUAAACUAGUCGGGAAUGACAUAAUUGUUGUCAUUGUUAGUCAUAGAAUUGGCCCAAUCGGUUUUCUUGGAAUGAAUAACGAAAAAAUACCAGGAAACGCUGGAGUUAAAGACGUGAUUUUGGCUUUGCAAUGGGUUAGAGACAAUAUAGUCGCAUUCAAAGGUAAUCCGAACAAAGUCGUGGUCGCUGGACAGAGUUUUGGCGCAGCUAUGGUCGAAGCCUUGAUGCUGUCACCCAUAUCACAUAACUUAUAUCAUGGAGUUAUAUUGCAAAGCGGAAGCAUUAUGAGCCCUUGGGCGUUUAAUUACGACAUAAUAGAAAGGGCAACGGCUUUAGGCAAACUAAUCUCUAGUAGUGAUAACAUCUCCUCUAUUUUAAUAAACAGUGAUAUUGGAGAAUUAGUUUCAAAAUGUGAUAAAUUAGAUGCACCGUAUUUUCCAUUUGGGAUAAGCGUAGACAAAUCUUCUAAAAAUGAAGGGCGAUUACUAGGAGACGCACCGUUUGAAUUGCUUAAAAGAAAAGAUCGAUCGGUGCCUAUGAUGAUAGGGCACAAUAGCGAGGAAGCUUACGUAUUUGUGUCAAUGUUAAGACAAGCGAAUGUACGAAAAAAACUGGCUAAAGACUUGUCCUUUCUAUUACCAGAAGAAUUAAAGUUCAUGAAUGAGUGGGAACUGAAGCAGGUGUUCAAACAAAUUGAAGAUAUGUAUUUCAAAGAUAAUACAAGUUUGGCAGCUAUGUUAAUAUAUCACAGGGAUGCUUAUUUCGUAAAUCAUAUACAUAGAAGUGUGUCUCUGCACGCAUCAGCUUCCGAUCAUUCAGUGUAUUACUACCAGUUCUCUUACACGGGAAAUGCUGGAGUAAAGCCUGAGCCGGGAAUUGUGAAGAUGGGAGCAGCGCACUCCGACGAGUUGGCUUAUCUGUUCUCCAAUGAGGUCUUAGAUGGCGAGGAUGUGGCUGUACAACAGAGAAUGGUGCAACUAUGGUCCAAUUUUGUUAAAUAUUUAAAUCCUACUCCUCAACCCAGCGACUUGCCUCAUUGGGAGACAGUGAACCCUUCAAAUCCUCGAUUACUGGACAUCAGUACAGAGGUCGUGAUGAUGGAAUACCCUUAUAGGAAGGCUCAGAAAAUGUGGGAUGAAAUUUAUGAGAAGUUUUAUUAUUCGCGAAAUCGCAUUACAGCGAAAUGAAUCUUGUGUAUGAAAAUAAUACCUCCGAGUUACAAUCUAGGUAGUGCUAAACCAUGCGUAUGAUUUCAGCAUUUGCUUUAAUUUUUUAAUUUAAAGGUCAAUACUGCGACUGAGCUACUCUCGGCAUAUAUUACAUAUAUAUUAUAUAUUAUUAUACAUAUCCAUAUUAUCUGAUUGAUUUCGUAUUUGAGGAAAACGGCUAAUGGCGUAGGUCUCAACAAUGCCACACUUUUUCAACCGACUUUAAAAAGAAAGAGGCUCUACAUUCGGUUGAAUUAUUUGUUUAC